CACACUAAUCCAUCUAGCUCAAUUAUGAGUUGAGUGAAAGCUAGUCUUUAAAAGUUGCAGCUUUUCUUCUCCACAAAAUCUUCCCUCUCUUAAAGCUGACAGAUUUGAGAUUUCCUCUCCGGCAUCCAAACUCCCCUUUUCUUCCCAGCCAUUGAUCUGAUUUCCCUUUUUUCUUUCUUAUUACUGUAACUUUUUUUUUUUUUUCCUUUUUUACUGGAUCAAGAGUUCAAGACUGUGGUGUGCGUAUGAAUGAAAGAGAUGCAAUGUUGGAUUAUGAAUGGGGGAACCAAUCGGCGACGGUGAUGUUUUCCGGGGACGAAACGGCGGCGGCGGCGGCCCAGAACCACCGCCAAUUCUUCGACCCGUACGGGGGGCAACAGCCCGGGUUCGACGACGGGGCGGGGGCGGGGGGGAGUUUGGUGGGCCCCAGCGCCCAUUUUGCCGGAGCCGACCACUUGCAGCUGUUCGGGGAGCCGGCGGCUCAGGAAAACGCGGCUCACUUGUGCUCUCUCUACGAUCCACGCGCGUACGGCGGCGCGUUUCAGCAUGGUUCUCAUCAUCAGGUGCCGUUGCUGUCCUUGGAGACGGCCGGGCCGGCGGGGUUCGUGGUGGUCCCGAAGAGCGAGCCUCUGCCCGCCGCCGCCGCCGAUUUCUCCGCCGCCGGCCUCGGGCUGAACUUGGGCGGCCGGACGUACUUCUCGUCGGCGGCGGAAGAUGAUUUCGUGAACCGGCUUUACCGCCGGUCUAGGGCGGUCGACUCCGGUUCGUUCAACACCCCGAGAUGCCAAGCCGAGGGCUGCAACGCCGACCUAACCCACGCCAAGCACUACCACCGCCGCCACAAGGUGUGCGAGUUCCAUUCCAAAGCCGCCACCGUCAUCGCCGGCGGGUUGACUCAGCGUUUCUGUCAACAGUGUAGCAGAUUCCACGUCCUGUCGGAAUUCGAUAACGGCAAACGGAGCUGCCGCCGCCGCUUGGCCGACCACAACCGCCGCCGCCGGAAAAACCCCCAACAACCAAACCGUGAAACCGCCUUCAACAACACUCAUCUUCUUGAUAAUGCCCAAAAUUCCUCCUCCGACAGCCUUGCAAGGUCACCGUCAGAUUCCGGAGCGCAUUCAUCGCCGUCGGUGACGGUGGCCGUGUCACCGCCGAGAAUGUCGAUCGACUGCUUCGGACAGAGAUCGUACGGUUACAUGUCGAAUGCUACGGGGGCGGGAUCAUCUGCGGCGUCUGCAAGCUCAUUCUUCUUCUCGCAUGGCUGAUUUUAAUUUAUUAGUUAUAGGAGUUAACGAACCUUGGAAAUCAUGAUCUAUCUCUCUAUCCAUUUUCAAGCUCCAACAACUACCUACAUAGUUUUAGCUACUGCUAAGAAUUGAAUAACAUAGUAAAAAACAUGCAGUCCUAAGCUCGAGUAUGCAGCAUGUUGUUUAGUUUUAAUUUCAUGUUAAUUAUAUUAUUAACCCCUACUUAAUUAUGAAAUAUGAACUAUGGUAUUUUCUUUCUUUC